AUGAAACACCACCGCAUAGGAGAUCGGACUGCGAGGCGGUACAUCCAGCAAGCCCGCUUCGAACUGCGUAGAGGCAACCUGACCAAGGCGUUGGCUUUGCUCUUUCGAGGAAGGACGUGCAAAGCAGAGCCCGCGGGGGACAUUGAGAACUGGGCUGCGGAGUUACAGAAGCUGGAUAGGAGCAUCUCUCUCCCGAGCCAUCCACGGCGGGAAAUUGGAGAGGAUGAGUACACGUGGUGGCGGUCGCUCAACCUGCCGCUUUUAGGCCUCACACCGCCGCAAGGUCCGGAGUCGCUGCACCUAACGGCGUCAACACCGUCGUCGUCUCGCACCGUUACUCCCUCCACCGGCACCUCCGCGCGUCCCCCAUACCCAUGGACCCGCGCCGCUCACGCCUCUCCUGCAGCCACGCCCGGCAGUAGCCCCGUGAGGUCGUCCUCGCGUGCGAUGCUUCCCCGCAGUCCGCGCCGAGCUGACGACAGCAGGGGAAGCACUAGGUGGCGCGGGUCGGUCCAGCGCAGCCCGUUUGCUUCGCUGCCCCUUUCCUCGGCCAACGCACCCGCUGCGACUGCCACUCCUCGUGCCGAGAUGCCUGCCACUCCGUUUGCUGAGGCUCCCGCCGUUCAAGCUCUUCCUUUCCGCGCCGCAAGCAGCAACGCGUGUCCAUCUCAAGCGAGUGGUAGCGCGGCGAGUGAUCGCGACGCGUGGAGCCAUGGCGGGUGCCGCCUCGUGACGCCGCAGUCCAAGGCCAAGGAUGGGACGCCAGUGAGACCCCACGAGGCGGCACGUGACGCGCGCAUGCAGGCGGGGGUGGCGGAGCCAAACACAGUGCCGUGUGCGGUCAAGUCGCCGCUGGCAGGGGAAGCCAUGUGCGCGUACCGCGCGCUCAGGAGGAAACGCGCAAUGCAAACGGAGCAGGCCGCGGUUACCACAGACACGGGGACGGCGGAGGCGAAGGAGCGCGCACGUGGGGAUGUGACGCCGGGCGCGAAGCGCAAGUUGGACGACGGGUGUGGCAGCACGGGGUCACGGGAAGUGGUGGAGGGCAGUGCGCGGAAGAUGGAAGGCACCCUCUCCAUGCCCAUGCCCCCUCCCAAGCGCGCAAGACAUCACGAUCAACCCCCCAUGCACUCGCCGUUCCCCCGCGCAAUGGCUUCCGCAUGCCAGGGUGGCCCCAUCGCCCCUGCCGUGGAGGCCGCUGACGCAUCGCAUCGGGGAGCGCCAGUGGCGUGGCAGAAGAAGGAGCGCGCGGGGGGGGCGGGAGCGGGGAGCGAGGCAGAGGAUGUGGAGAUGGCGGACGCCAUGGACGAGGACGCCACUCCCCCCGCCGCGGACCAGCGCGGCGGGCCGCACGCCGAGUGGAAGGAGGAUGAGCGGCGCGGAGCGGAGGAGCGGGAGGUGGAGGGGGCGCGUGACGAUACGUCGGGCGCAAGUGGAGGGGGCGCAGCUGCGACUGGUGCAGUGGUUCCAUGGCGCAGCGAAGCGGCGGGAGCAGGGGGGGAGGGGACGGGGAGCGCGGAAGCGAGGGGCGGAGCGGUGAGGGAGGAGGAGGGCGGGGUGUGGCUGAACGGGCGGUGGUACAGCAAGGUGAAGGUGGCGGGCAAGGGCGGCAGCUCCGAGGUGUUCAAGGUGGUGGCGCGCGACGGGCAGGAGUUCGCGCUGAAGCGCAUCCGCGCGGAGGGCGGCGCGAUGGAGGAAUUCAGGCAGGAGAUCUCCAUCCUGACGCGCCUGCGCGGCCACAGGGGCAUCAUCCACCUCUUCGACUCCGCUGUGUGCGAGGGCGAGCAGGCGAUCUACCUGCUGCUGGAGUUCGGCGAGAUCGACCUGGCGAAGAAGCUCGCCAAGCUGCACAGGGAGGCCGACCUUCCGCACGCCUCCCCCGCCGUGCUCGCCACCGGAUGCAAGAUUGACGAAACCGUUCUGCGACAUUUCUGGCAGGACAUGCUGAGGGCGGUGCAGACGAUCCAUGCGGCGCGCAUAGUGCACGCGGACCUGAAGCCCGCCAACUUCCUGAUCAUAGAGGGCGACCUCAAGCUCAUCGACUUCGGCAUCGCCAAGGACAUCCCCAACCAUACCGCCCACAUCUCCCGCCACGGCUGUGCGGGCACGGUGAGCUACAUGUCACCCGAGUCCAUCAUGGGGCAAGACACAGAGGCAGAUGCCGAGGGCGCCACGAGGCCCACGGUGAAGAUGGGGCGUGCAGCGGACAUCUGGUCGCUGGGCUGCAUCCUCUACCUCAUGGUGUACGGCCGCACGCCCUUCCAGCACAUCCCAGGCUGGGGCAAGCUCAAGGCCAUCUGUGACGAGUCGUGCGCCAUUGACUUCCCCGCCGUGGCCAACCCCCACCUGCUGGACGCCAUGAAGCGCUGCCUCGUGCGCAACCCAGCCCACCGCAUCACAAUUCCCCAGCUCCUCGCCCACCCCUUCGUCUCCACCUCCACCCUCCACGCCCCGCCCACUCUGCCGGCUCCGCCUGCUCCUGCCCUGCCUGCGCUGCUGCCUCCUGACGCCACUGCUGCUGCUGCUGCCAUAACUGCUGCAGCUGCUGCAGCGGCUGCUGCGGCUGCUGCUGCUGCCACAACUGCGGCGGAAGGUGGGGGGUCCCAGGCGAGCAGUGUGAGUGGUGGAGCAAGUGCAGGGGCAGGGGGGAAUGGCAUCAGUGAGAAGCUGCUGCAGGACAUAUUCGCACAAGUGGCCAAGGCCGCAGGAUCCAACCCAGCGGCCAUUGGCCUGGCAACACAGGAGAUCCUAAAGCAGUUGGCGUCGGGCAAGGCGGAGGGUCUUGACAUCCAGGAAAUCUUCCGUGCAGCAGGCGCAUUCGCCCCUCCUGCCGCCCCACCUGCCCCUCCACCCAAGAAGCCCCCACCACCCCCUCCACCGCCCAAGAAAGCACCCCCCCCGCCCCCACCCCCACCCGGCAAGCUCGGAGGCAAGGCAGCGCCGCUGCUGAUCAAGAAGGGCGUGAAGCCCAAGGCUGGCGGGCCCGCCGGACCUGCUCCUGGUGACCUGGCCGCUGCUGCUGCCGCUGCUGCCAGACGAAGGGCUGAGGGCGGGGCCGUGAGGAUGAGGCCCCUGGGCGAGAAGAAGGAGGAGGGCGCAGGGAACAUGCCCACUUUGAGGUCAGGGCUGAGGAGGGGCGGCGGGGGGCCAGGGGGACGGGGGGGGCUGAGCACAGACCAGCUGCAGGCUGCGAUUGAGACCAGUAGGGCAAGGUUGCGACCAGUGAAGAGGAGCGCUGAUGGCGCAGCGGAGAAGAAAGAGGAGGGCAAGGAGGGCGGCGAGAAGAAGAGUAGUGCGGUGCCGUGGGAGGGCAUACUAAAAAAGGGGCUGGAGGGCAGGAAGAAGGCAAACAAGGACGAUGACGACACCGCCGUGUGGGAGUGA